AUGUCGAACACCAUUACCAACACCAACAUUGAUUCUUCUUCGAAUAACGCCGAAAUAGACGAAAUAGCGAACGAAUGUUGGUUCGCCUACCAAGCGGUUGUCGAGAACGCUCGAUGCGUCGACGCGCUUCCGAUUCGCUCGUGGAAUGCCAUUUUGAACGCGGUUUCGAUGCACACGUCGAAGGCGACGGCGAGAGAUCGUGCGAGACAAGCGUGGCAGUAUUUGCGGACGAAUCGAGUGGCGGUGAGGCCGGAUAAGUUUACCGCGCAAGCGUUGGUGAACGGAUUGUGUAAGGAGGUUUUGGACGUGAGAGAGACGAUUGGAGUUUUGAGAGAGUUAGUGGAGAGAGGAGCGGAGGUGACGUCGUAUCAAAUCAACGGCGUUCUGAAGAGGUGUUUCAAAGAGGCGACGGAGAGAAGGAAUAGGGAAGAGGAAGAGAGAGGAGGAGAGGAUAACGAGAAGGAGAAGAAGAAGAAGAAGAAGAAUGGGAACAGGAGUAGCUUUACGAGCGACGCGGUAUACCAGGAUAUCAUCGACGCCACCGAUUUAGCCUGGGACGCGGGAAGAGGCACGCACAACGUGCACACGUUGAUGACGUAUUUGAGAGCGUUAAAGAUGUGCGGCGCGAGCGCGGAGACGGUUUUGGACGUUUUCGAACGGGCGUGCGGCGUGAAAGAAGGUGGCAGCGCUGGUGAAGAGCGCAUCAAACCAGACGACGAUAUUUUAAUCCUCGCCAUGCAAAUAAAAGCGAACGACGACGACUCGACCAUGGAGGAUAAAAUUACCUACUUUGAAACGUUGUCUGAGAACCUUGCCGCUAAAAUGCCGAGCAGAGCGCAAAACGCCGUCUUAUUAGCCUGCUUGAGAACUGGCGAUUAUAAAUCCGCGGAAAAGAUUUGGGAGCGCAUGAACGAUGAAAAGAACGCUUUGUACAAACCGCCGGACGCGUUCGCGACGAGCGUGGUCACGUCCAUCAUGCGCAAACGAGAAGAGAUGCAACAAUCGUCGUCGUCGUCGUCAACGUCGACAUCUUCUUCGGAAAACGCUAGGAUGGCAGGAGCAGCGGACGAAGACGACGCAUCUGCAUCUGUAUCUGCAUCUGCUGCUGCUAGUGGUGGUGGCAUUCGGAACACAGCCAUGGAAGCGUUCACCGAUCACGUCAUGCGUCGAGCGACAAAAAGCAACACGCCUAGCCGAGACGAAAGCGACGACGAUCAAGACGUCGCCAUUAACCUCACCGCAAAUGUUUUGAAAGUCUUGCGAGAUGAAAUUGAAGACGCGUCGCUCUUCAAGAGACAAAUUUCUUCCCCGUCGAAAGUUUAUGAAAUUCGAGAAAGAGCGGUGGCGGAUGCGAAAUCAAUCGCAGACAUAGCGAACGCUUUUUUAGACGUGCCAAAGUACGACGAUCAAGUGACCAACGCGGUUUUACAAGUGUGCGCGGAGGCGAGGUUCGUGAAGGAGGCGAAAAGAAUCGUCGAGGAGUACUUUGCCAUGCUCGACAACAAAGAGAGAUUCAGGAAGAACAACAGGCAGUAUUACAACUACGAACAAGAGAUGGUGCCGAACGUUUUUAAAUCCAUGCAAUACAACCGCUACGUUCGCGAGGAAGAAAAAAUCGCAGAAUCGGACAUUUUAGAGUAUUUCAUGGAAACGAGCGAGAUGGUUCCAGUCACCAGGAAAUUCAUCGAGUCCGCGUGCAAAGCUUGCCGCGAUCGGAAAUACCCGGACGCGUUGUUGAAAAUCUAUUACAUCGGACGCGAUACGUACGACCACGCGCCGAGGAGACAGACUAUUGAUAUCGCGUUGUCGGCGUUAUCGGCGGAUGGUCGAUGGCAAGAUACCAUACGAAUAAUGAACGAGGACGUGUUAGAAGCGACAAUUAAUACUGUCAGUGACAACACGAAAGCAUCGUUCGUGGUCGAUUACGAAGAUCGCUCUAAAAAUAAAGUCAUGAUUCCGACGGAUAAAAUCGACGAGUUUGGCGUGAAGCAUUUAGUCUUAUCCUUCGUCAACGCCGGCGAAAUCGACCAAGCGUUUUCGGCGCUUCGCUUGUGUCAAUUUCUAACCGAUAAGAGUUGCACGGAAGCUUUCGAAAUAAUUGAAAGAGCGAAAGAGAAGCAAGAGGGAGGGAACGACAGAGAGGAGAAAGAAGUUCAAGUGUCGCAGAGAAUGUAA